AUGGAAACUGAUCUUAAUUCCCAGGACAGAAAGGACCUGGACAAGUUCAUUAAGUUUUUUGCCCUCAAGACUGUCCAAGUGAUUGUCCAGGCUCGACUGGGAGAGAAGAUUUGUACUCGUUCAUCUUCUUCCCCAACGGGUUCAGACUGGUUCAAUUUAGCGAUCAAAGACAUCCCAGAGGUUACACAUGAGGCAAAGAAGGCCCUGGCAGGGCAGCUGCCUGCUGUUGGGAGGUCCAUGUGUGUGGAGAUCUCACUCAAGACUUCCGAGGGAGAUUCCAUGGAGCUAGAAAUCUGGUGUCUGGAAAUGAAUGAAAAGUGUGAUAAAGAAAUCAAAGUUUCCUAUGCCGUGUACAACAGAUUGUCAUUGCUGCUGAAGUCUCUGCUUGCUAUAACUAGGGUGACUCCAGCAUACAGACUCUCCAGAAAGCAAGGGCAUGAAUAUGUCAUCUUAUACAGGAUAUAUUUUGGGGACGUCCAGCUGAAUGGCUUAGGGGAAGGUUUCCAGACAGUUCGUGUUGGGACAGUGGGUACCCCUGUGGGCACCAUCACUCUUUCCUGUGCUUACAGAAUUAACUUGGCAUUCAUGUCCACCAGGCACUUUGAGAGGACCCCACCUAUCAUGGGCAUUAUUAUUGAUCACUUUGUGGACCGUCCCUAUCCCAGCUCCUCGCCCAUGCACCCCUGCAAUUACAGAACUGCCGGUGAGGACACUGGAGUAGCGUAUCCUUCUGUGGAAGAUUCUCAAGAAGUGUGCACCACCUCCUUUUCCACCUCGCCUCCCUCCCAGUGUGUGUUUACUGUCACAAAGGCAGUUUUUCAGACCCCUACUCCUGUGGUGACGGACACUCUGAGGGUCCCCACGGCAGGACUGGCCUUUUCCCAUCAACUCUCCAGCUCUCGCCUUUCCUAUCAGCCUGCUGCCCUGGGCGUUGGAUCUGCUGACCUGGCUUAUCCAGUAGUGUUUGCUGCUGGCUUAAAUGCCACACACCCUCACCAGCUAAUGGUCCCCGGGAAGGAAGGUGGGGUACCCCUUGGUCCCAACCAGCCUGCCCACGGUGCCCAGGCUGACCAGGAGAGACUGGCAACCUACACCCCUUCUGAUGGGGCCCACUGCGCCGCCACACCAUCCAGCAGCGAGGACACUGAAACUGUGUCAAACAGCAGCGAGGGACGGGCCUCCCCCCACGACGUCUUGGAGACCAUCUUUGUCCGGAAAGUGGGGGCUUUUGUCAACAAGCCCAUCAACCAGGUGACUCUGACCAGUUUGGACAUACCCUUUGCCAUGUUUGCUCCCAAGAACCUGGAGCUGGAGGAUGCGGAUCCCAUGGUGAAUCCGCCAGAUUCCCCAGAGACUACGUCUCCUCUCCAGGGCAGCCUGCACUCUGACGGCUCCAGCGGGGGCAGCAGCGGCCAUACCCAGGACGACUUCGUCAUGAUCGACUUCAAACCAGCUUUUUCUAAAGACGACAUUCUUCCGAUGGACUUGGGGACCUUCUAUCGUGAAUUUCAGAACCCCCCUCAGCUGAGCAGCCUCUCCAUCGAUAUCGGGGCCCAGUCCAUGGCCGAGGACUUGGACUCACUACCAGAGAAGCUGGCUGCGCACGAGAAGAAUGUCCGAGAAUUUGAUGCCUUUGUAGAAACCCUGCAGUAA